UGAAGACAUGCUGGAUUUUUGAAGUCAUGGUGGAUUUUUGAAGUCACCGCCGUGCCUAAUCUGAAUGCAGGAACCGGAAUGCGUACUCCGGACUUCUGAAGACCGCAAACUAACAUCAGCGAUACACACCGAGUCGACGGCCAUUGCGGAAACUACUGUUGCUGCUGAAGAUAAGGAUGAAAUUACUCAAGAUACGGGGAAACCCUCCGAAGAUGGAGGUCUUUCUAAGAAAGAUCAAGUACGUGUUUGCAAUGAGGAACAAAUAGCUGGAAGCAGCAAAGAACUUUCUGAGAAAAACACGCUGGAGUCGAGUGAAAAAGAACUCGUUGUGGAGGAGGAAAUCAUUGAUGGAGUAAAUGAACUCGUCAAGAACGAAGAGCCUACUGAGAAGGAAGAACCCACUGAAGUAACAGAAAAACUUGCCGGGAUUGCCGCUUGUAGUGAAAUUGAUGCACAGGGAAAGGUCUCGUCUCAGUUGAGCAAACUGCUUCCGACGAAUGUCGAUGAGCUUGAAAAUCCGCAAAAUUUUUUGAAACACGAGGGAGAAGAAGAGAGUGAGGAUAAUGUGCCAGCACUUGAGUCACGCAAUGAUGCCUGCCGCAACCUGGCGCCAGUUGGCAAAGUGCCUCAAGUUGAUGUUUCACACUCAGAUCCCUUACUUUAUUCUUCAGUCGAGGGAAGUGAAUCUAUAGACAGACAGAACGUUUCACUCGACGAAACUGAAACAAACUUCGGUUCCCAAUCUUCAGAAAUGAAUGUUCUACCUGUUGCUUUGGAAACUAAUAUAUCGACUACUGAAAGAAUCGUUUCGUUUCCGGCAAGUGAAGCAAAUGUUUCGCUUGGAGAUAAUAUCGAAACAGACGUUCCUGACAACUCUAAAGAUAACGCUGCUCUGCGUGCUUUAGAUACUCAAAUUAUGGACACUGGCUCUCAGGUUGCCAAAUUAACCGACCUUAUACCUGACAAGUUUAGAAAAAUUGUCCAUGAGUUGAGUAAAAUUGUCGUCGCUCCAAACUGCGAAUUUACUGGCACUAGCUCCCACAUAGUCGAGUCAAACUGUCAGCUCGGUGUCUCGGGAGAUGAACACGACGACACAUUAGACAGAUCACACGAUCAGAAUAGUUUAUUUAACGGAAUCGAGGCUUCAGGUUCCGUAUCGUUGGAACCGAAAUCGUUGGCUGCUGAAUAUAAAAUUCACGAUGAGUUUUCACAUCUAGAAGAUGAAGUCGUUUCCAAUAUGGAUACAGAAAGUAUAAAUUUAGAUCUUAUGCAGAGUGUAAACGAUCCCCAUAAUUUGAAGAGAAUUGCAACGGACGACUCACAAGUUAUUUAUGAGCCGCCAGAGUAUCAUCAUAAUGACCGAAGUGGUGCGCUUUCCGUUGAUAAUGGAGAGUUGUCAAUGGAGGCUCAACCAUCCCAAGAGGAUGACUUUCGGCUAGAUGCGGAGGAGGGCUUUUCUGGGCAUUUGGAAUCUACUGGCGAGAAAUAUUGUAAUAUCGAGAAUGAUCAUAAUGAAGAAGUGACUGAAAAUGAAAUGCAUUCGGAGACUGAUAUUACCGUCAAUACUUUUGAUUUUGAUGAAGAGACAGCUGUCGAAAAUGAUGAAUCUAGCAUUAUGAACGAAGACUACGAGAUGACUGGAGAACAAACUGAAAGCAAGCGGCCUAGGGGCAUUAAACGUCAAUUAGAGUCAAAAUCAAUCCCAGAAGCAGCUGAAAUGGUCGCAAAAAAGUCGAUGCCUGGCAAGAAAACGACCAAAAAGUCAUUGCCCAGGUGUAAAAUGACCAGAACUUACGUCUGCGAGUACUGUAAUUUAUCCACUCAAAAUCCUCGUGAUCAUUUGUACCACAUACGUGACGUACAUUUCGAAGCCAUUCACAUCUACGAGUGCAAGUCUUGCCAGUACGCUUCUAAAAAUUUCACGAAACUGACACGACACAUGCAGAUGGUGCACAAAUUUAACCUCGAAAUGGAUGAAAGCGGCGUGAAACGUAAAAUAAAUUCUGCAUCAUAUGAAGCUCCUUCACCGGCACACGUCAAGGAGUCUUUUAUCAUGGCCAGCAAAAAGCCCUCCAAGAGUGUUAGCAAAUUGCAAGUGGAGGUUGAAGAGUCCGAACCUCUUCACGAGGACUUUGGAGAAGAAGCCGAAGAGGAAGUAGAUGAAGUUUCCUCCAGAAAAGAAGACCAGAACAACCACUGCGAUCAUUGUGACUUUGUAGGCAAAAGCCAGAAGGCUUUGAGCAAACAUGAGGAAUCUUGCCACUUGAAACGCACUUUUUAUCGUUGUUCAAAAUGUGCGUACGCAACGCAGCUCAAAGGUCGCUAUACAAAGCAUAUGAAAUACCACCAGCUGCCCAUCAUUAAGUGCGACUUCUGUGAUUUUCGUACGCCCUAUCGGUGGAACCUGGACCGUCACUGCCGGAACCACACCGAUGAGAGUGGAGAACACAAAUGCCAUCUAUGUAACUUCACGGCUCAAAUCAAGCAAUCUCUCACAGUCCAUGUGGCCAAUCAUCACCUCACGCCUGACCAAGUCAAGGAGCGGGAUCAGAAGCGCACAAUUGGAGCCACUGAAUUAGGGGAAUUCGCAACAGAUGAAGAAGAACUUGAGCUCAUGAAAAUGGAGCGUGAUGAGCAUCCUGAUGCUUUUCAGCUCGCUGAUGGUCCUGACCAGAGUUUUACUGUGGCAACGCUUGACGUUAGCUGCCAGGAGGAGAGCAGCUCUCUGCAUUAUCCUCCUGACGAUUUUGAUGUCACUGGCGAUUCAAGGAAAAAGAAACCAAAGAUUAAAAUGACCUUUAGAAAAAUGAAGAAUUCAAAAGACUCGCUUUCAACUCAAGAAAUUAACGAGCGACAUAACUUUGAAGAGGAUUUUAUCCAUCCAGAUGAUUUCGUUCACAGGAACGGGAAUGUUUACAUGAAGAAUUACAAGUGCGAUCAAUGCUCUUUCAAAGCGGCCUUCAAGAAUGACCUUAUUCGUCACGGCAAGAAAAUGCAUGACGCUCAAUGUGAGGUGCCGCUACCUGCGGGUCGUAAAGUAACAAGGAGUACAUCAUCCGGUAACGUGUCUGUGGCAACUGACCCUGACUCUUCUAAAAACGAAUCUCUGGAAGAUUCAGACUUUACAGAAUCGUUUUCGCCGGAUUCCGUUAACGAUGCUAACGAUUCUGAUAUUGUCACUCACUCAAAAACACCAGAAGUUAGAGAGACUCGUAAGAAAGCAGCUUCAGAUGACUUCAAUGAGAAAUCUACUACACCGAACGCACAAAAUCUCGUGUGUCAAUACUGCAACCACAACUCCAAGUGUCUCGCGGAGUCCGUGCGCCACGCAAAGCUUCAUUUGAGCGUCAAAAAUACACCUAGGGUGACUAGUUUAUCGGCUAAGUGUCAGUUUUGUCAACUUCGAUGUAGAACUACCGAAGAUCUCUCAUUCCAUCUGAAAAAAUGUCCUGAAGCAAGAAAAAAUCAAAUAAUCGACGUUGCCCCUCGGAGAUCGCGAGCUGAAGGUCAUAAGAACGAGGACUCCGAUGAUGAAGAUGAUGCUACUGAGCAAACCUGCAAACCAGAAUUGCGUGUUCAGCCUUUGAAAGAAGUUCACAGCAAAAGCCAUUGCAAUAACCGAGUCGCGAGUGACGACGAGGAUAGCUCCAAUUCUGCUGAUGCUGACGACAUGAAGCUGAAAAUUGAUAUAAAGGAAGAAGAGAUUGACGGGAAACAUGACACAGAGUCUGCAUCUACGUCAGAAGUCACUGCUAAUCAGUACGAGGCUCUUGACGAAUCCCAAGAAAAACUCAUUGUAAACUCCGAUGAGAAACCGGCUUCUGAAGGGAAAGGUUUUGUGUUCUCUAAAAGGGCGUAUUUGUGUCCGCAAUGCAAGUUUUGGUCUACGACUGCAUCGCGUUUCCACGUCCAUAUUGUUGGUCACUACAACAAGAAACCUUACGUGUGUUCAGUGUGUCCUUAUCGCUCCAACUGGCGCUGGGACAUCACCAAACACAUCAAGAUUAAAUCCGGCAGAGACAAGGCUCAUUUAACUGCGGAUGUUUUAAUCACUGAUGAAACUGGUGAGAAGAACUAUGAAAAGUACGAAAAAUAUGUCUCUAUUAUUCAGCUAGACGAAACGCAGGCGUGCCGAACGGAGGGUGGCAUCCCGCCGCGCAAAGGCCGUUUGAAGAAAGUGGAAAAAGAGUUACGGAGCAUCGCGGAUGACGGUGUCGAAGAUUCCUGUGGGUCAACAAGCUCCACGCGAUGCACGUCGGCCUCUUCACGCGAUGACACGCCUGUCAUGUCACCACAAGCGCCGUCAACUGGCGACACCUCACCCGCUACGUGUUCUUCGUCGCCACCGUCGAGCUCAGCAUCGGCUAAUCCAACUUUUAACGUGGCGCAUGCAGAUCAUUUGUCGGGGCUAGUCUCCAGUGAAUCUUCUCAAAUCUCUCCUGGGAAAAAGACAGCUACUCAAAAACCAGGACAGUCGUCUCAACCAAUGGUGUGCAUCCCACUGAAUGGCCCCAUAGCGAUGUCGACUCCCGCUUUCCCGGGUUUACCGCGUUUAUUAAAAACUUCUCCGCUGCCUUGUUCAUCUGCCGCUACGACUUUUUCUUCUUCCAGUGCUGUCUCUGUAGAGCCAACUGUCUUAUCAGUUACUGCGCCUAGCGCCUCCAUUAACUCUGCCGCAUCUCUAACAUCUCCCGUACUAUGUUCUGCUCUUUUUCAGGAUAAGAACUUGUCUAAGUUAGGUGGUAACGUUUCUGAUGCUGCCGUUAACAUGAAGUUUAGAAACAGCUUAGAACAAACGGCGGUUCUUCCUCCACUUUUGUUACCUCCCGUGCAUGCGCAUAAAAAUGGCGACCUUUUUAAGCAGCCUUUCUCAAAAAAUCCGAAGAAUAUGAUGAAGCCGCCGCCUCUGCUUCCCGUUAAAAGCUCCUCACGUCUCCCUUCACCUUCGUCGUCGCCGUCGCCGAGCGUGUCCCCGCGAAGCCACAAUGCAGUGAGCAUCAGCACCUCCCGCUCCUCUGGUGGACAGUACCAAGUCAUCGCUCCACAGAAUUGCGGUCAGUCUGCCCAGAACGCGUUGAACACGUCGCUCCAGACCCUGCAGCUUCUGGCCUCCGGCUCUACCAGCGUCACGAAGCUCCCCGCCAAAUCUCCCUCGUCCUCUCCUCUCAGCGGCAGAUCGUCUCACAACACGAGUCCCGUUGGGGGAAUGUCGGCACUCGCUGGAGUGCCAUCGCUGAGUGGGUUUUCCCACUCAAUGCCAUCUACUAGUCCGAUUAUGUCUUCAAUGGGUCCUGGAAAAUGUCCGACCUCUUCCACUCUAAGCAACAUCUUGUCGGGGGCCAGCGGGUCAACAUCAGCAAGCAUUUCAAGUCUCGUUGCUCUUGCGAACGCCGUCAACUCAGCUGGUGUCCACGGUCUGCCCGGAGGCAACCGCCUGUCACUGUUGAAUAAUCUGCCGUCGGCACAACUCGCUGGACUGCAGGGAAUCAAAGACUCGCUGCCUCCUCAGCUGCUCGCCGGGCUCUCCAGCGCCAACGCCAACGACCCGGCCAGCAAACUCGCUCUCCAGAUGAGGCUCUUGGUGUGGCUCAGUCUCAUCAACAAAGAGGCUCAGAAGAAGAAGCAGCAGCAGCAGCAGCAGCAACAACAACAGCAUCUACAGCAACAAAUGCAACAAUUGCAGCAAAACCAACCUAAGAAGAAGAACAAGAGCAACACGUCGUCGGCAAAGCUCCCUUCAUCGUCACCUUCGUCAGUCUCGUCGUCCCCUACAGCCUGCGGUGGGAGCAGUGGGGAGGGGCUGCCCCCCGCGGAGGAGGAGUUCCCUCCCCCCCAGCUGGUCCUGGAUCAUCAGGGCAACCCUGAGUGGAAGUGUGCCGCUUGCAACUUCAGGGACAGCGAUCGUGGCACGGUAGAGCAGCACCGCAGUCUGGCGCACGGCCGCAGUGUCGUGUCGCUCCUACACGCCGUGCACCGCUGCGACGUGUGUGCUUUUGCUGCCGGCACCAAGCGGCAUGUUCAG